AUGGCUUCUAGGGUUCUUCGAUCUUGCUUGUUAAAUUUAAAAUAUAAACAUAUAAUUGGUCAACCAAGACACUGUUCGUCGGCUACAGCAGUCAAAGAAAAGUUUUCAAGUCAUUUCGUUGAAACAUUAACAAGUAUUGUGGGUAAAGGAAAUGUAAGCACAGCUCUUGCUGUUCGAGAGCAACACGGCCAUGAUGAGUCAUACCAUAAGUCGAAUGCUCCAGAUUUGGUGGCCUUUGCCAACAACACUGAAGAAGUAAGUGCUGUAGCCAAACUUUGCAAUGACCACAGGAUUCCACUGGUACCAUUUGGUUCAGGAACUGGCCUUGAAGGUGGCAUCAAUGCAAAUGUGGGUGGCAUCUGUUUGGAUCUGAGCAAGAUGACAGAGAUUGAAGCACUGCAUCCUGAAGAUUUUGACGUAACCGUUCAGGCUGGGGUGACUCGUCUAACAUUGAACACAUACCUUCGAGACACUGGACUCUGGUUUCCCAUUGACCCUGGGGCUGAUGCCUCCUUGUGUGGAAUGUGUGCAACAAGUGCUUCUGGUACUAAUGCUGUCCGUUAUGGGACGAUGAGAGAAAAUGUGCUCAACUUGGAAGUGGUUUUAGCCGAUGGCCAAAUAAUUGACACAGCUGGCAAAGGACGACGAAUGAAGAAAACAUCUGCUGGUUAUAAUCUUACAAAUCUGUUUGUUGGCUCUGAAGGAACAUUGGGAAUUAUUACAAAAGCUACCCUGAAGCUCUAUGGACAACCAGAGGCUACAAUUUCUGCUGUGUGCCAUUUUCCAACAGUUCAAUCAGCCGUAGAUUCCACUGUCAUGACGUUACAAUGUGGAAUUCCAAUAGCAAGAAUUGAAUUCAUGGAUGAUGUGAUGAUUGAUGCAUGCAAUAAAUACAGUAAGUUGUCCUUACAAGUGGCGCCGACUUUGUUUCUGGAAUUUCAUGGAGCUGCAUCUGCACUUGAUGACCAAGUAAAAGUUGUUGAGGAGAUUGUGCAAAGCAAUGGUGGAUCCAAUUUUGUAUGGGCCAAGGAUCCAUCAGAACGGAAACAACUCUGGAAGGCCAGGCAUGACAUGCUUUAUGCCUGCACAGCACUCAAACCAGGAUCUCAGAAGAGGAUGAUGGUAGGGGUGGACAUGAACUAUUUCCCCCUUUUAUCUCUCUUUCUCUCUCUCUCACUCACUAAUUCCUCUUUCUUUUUUCUUUCAUUUCUCUUUCUUUUUCUUCUUUUUCCCUUUCUUUCUUUUUCUUCUUUUUCCCUUUCUUUCUUUUUCUUCUUUUUCCCUUUCUUUCUUUUUCUUCUUUUUCCCUUUCUUUCUUUUUCUUCUUUUUCCCUUUCUUUCUUUUUCUUCUUUUUCCCUUUCUUUCUUUUUCUUCUUUUUCCCUUUCUUUCUUUUUCUUCUUUUUCCCUUUCUUUCUUUUUCUUCUUUUUCCCUUUCUUUCUUUUCUUCUUUUCCUUUCUUUCUUUUCUUUUUUUUGUGCCUUUCUUUUCUUCUUUUUCUUUUCUUCUUUUUCCUUUCUUUCUUUUCUUCUUUUUUUCCCUUUCUUUCUUUUUCUUCUUUUUCCCUUUCUUUCUUUUUCUUCUUUUUCCCUUUCUUUCUUUUUCUUCUUUUUCCCUUUCAUUUGUUCGUUUGUUCGUUCGUUCGUUCGUUCUUUCUUUCGUUCUUUCUUUUCCUCUCUCUUCUUUGCCUUUGUUGUCUCUCUUCUUUCUCCCUAUUAUCUCCCUUUUGUUUAUGCUCAACAUUACUUUGCCGUAUUCGACAGACGUGUGUGUGCCAGUUUCAAAUCUACCAGAGAUUAUUGUUCAGACAAAAGAAGACAUUGAAAAAUCAGGACUGAUUGGACCUAUUGUCGGCCAUGUUGGAGAUGGUAACUUCCAUGUCUUCUUUCCUGUGAUGCAAGAUGACCCUGAGGAGAUAAAAAAAGUCAAAGAAUUAUCUGACCGUAUGGCAAAGAGAGCCCAAGCUUUAAAUGGCACCUGUACGGGUGAGCACGGAAUUGGCCUUGGAAAACGACAUCUUCUUGUUGAUGAGGUUGGGAAAGAGGCUUUUUCAGUUAUGAAACAGCUGAAGGCUACACUUGAUCCAAACAAUAUUUUGAAUCCGACUAAGGUUUUAUUGUAA